CACGCCAUCACUUCCAACUCUCUCAAACUCUCUCAAUCAGUUCAGUAGCCCCAACCAAUCGAUCUCCCUGUUUUUCCAACGUCCGUCCUCCUCGACCGGGAAAAAUAAAAAAUGUCACCGCCGGUUUCUUCCUUUCACCUGAUCAUGACCUGCGUUCUCAUUCCAUUCCUCCUCCUCCUCGUUCACUUCCCUCUGACCUCGCCACAGCUUCUAAAGGGUUGUGGGUUUUCGGCCUUGUACAACUUCGGUGACUCCUUGUCGGACACCGGAAAUGCACUGGUCCAAUUCGAUUUCGGUGGGAACGGAAAGUACCCGUACGGGAUGACCAUCGGGAAGCCAACGGGAAGAUUCUCCGAUGGCUUGCUUCUGAUCGACAGAAUCGCUGAGUCGGCCGGGUUACCACACUGUAACCCUUACCUGAGAAAGGACAUGGACCACUCCAAAGGUGUUAACUUCGCCGUGGCCGGAGUCAGCGUCCUGUCCAAGGCUCAGCGGGACAAGUUUGGCCUCCACUUGAUUUACUCUCAAAGCUCCCUGGACGUGCAGCUCCAGUGGUUCGUCAAUUUCUCAAGGGAAGCAUUCCACAACGAAUCAGCCCGCAAGGCCAACUUCGAAUCGGCGCUGUUCGUUCUAGGAGGCGGAGGGAACGAUUACGGCGGCUUUAAGAAUACACCCGAGGAGAAGAUGACCCUCAUCCCCUACGUGAUUGCCGCCCUCAAAGAAGGACUCAAGACGGUGAUAAGUCAUGGUGCAAGGAGGAUCGUUGUGAUGGGGGUGUACCAGGGAGGAUGCUUGCCCGGGUUCAACAAGACGAUUCUGGAACGCGAUCAAGGGCCGAUUGUGUGCGACAAGGAAUGGAACUCGUACCUUGACUUGCACAACAAGCAUGUGCAGAAGCUGGUUCUUGAACUUGGGAAGGAGUACCCUCAAGUCCAUCUUGCUUAUGGCAACAUGUGGGACGGAAUCCAGUGGAUGUUUGACAACUUCCGAUCCCUUGGGUUGCACAUAAGCUACGCAAGAUGUUGUGGAACCGAGGAGCACAAAGUUUGUGGUGAGACUGGUACCCCCUUCUGCAAAGACCCGUACCACUACAUAUGGUGGGACAACUUGCAUUUCACGGAUCGAGCCUACAAGCUCAUUGCGAGCAAGGUGAUCCCAUGGAUGUACCGUGAUCUACAAUGUGCUACCUAUAACUUUACAAGCUUCAGAUCGGGUGGAGUUCGUGUUGUGGACAGCAUCCAUCAGCACCUCUGGUUCUCAUUUGCUGUAAUGAUGGUUAUCUUCCUUUUUUUGUUUUAUGAGAUAUGAAGACAUUGGGCAUGAUUUGACUCUUUAAGUUUAGCUUAUGUUGUUGGGCUUUUAAGUACUUGUUGUCAUGUAAUGGAAUCCUGGUUAUCUGUACUUAGUUUGAUUGAGUCGGAAGUGUUAGGUUAUGAUCGAGUAAAUUUCAAGGGCAUGUGAGUAAGGUAGUUAAUGGUGGUUUUUUUAUGAACAACGGUUGUAAUGCAUGCUCGACUUUAAUGAUAUUUGCAACUUGUUAAGCCCUUCACAAUUUAUUGCAAAUGCUUCAUUCUUACCAUAUGGAACCGUAUCGUAGUCAUAUAACAACUAUUAGAACAAAAGAAAGACAUAUAAUGAAAACCAUUGUAGGUU